AGCGUCCCCGGCGCCCUUUGCGGUGUGCACGCUUCAGAAAGAGGGGACCGUCGGUGUUUCCUUCCUGCCGCCUUUUGGAGCCGCCGCUAUGGCCAUGUUUCCCGCGGCCGGACUCGGUACCGCUCUCCGACUGUUACUGCGGCAGCAUCGAUCACAAGCUUGUGCUAUCCGGAUGCUAAAGACUACAUGUUCAAAGUGUAGUGAAGUCUUGGCAAGUCCCAGUAUGGAUGAUGCCCCCAAAGAAUAUUCACCCAAGAUUCAACAGCUAGUUCAGGACAUUGCUAACCUGACUCUUCUAGAGAUUUCUGACCUCAAUGAGUUGCUAAAGAAAACUCUCAAGAUCCAAGAUAUUGGACUUAUGCCAAUGGCCGGGAUGAUGCCAGCAACACAGUCGGCAGCACCAGCAGAAGAAGAAGAAGAAGUUGUUGAAAAAGUAGAAAAGAUCAAUUUUACAGUGCGGUUGACUGGGUUUAAAGCUGAAGACAAGGUGAAAGUUAUCAAGGAAUUAAAGAACCAUGUGGAGAACAUAAACCUUGUCCAGGCAAAGAAGUUGGUGGAAUCUCUCCCUCAAGACAUCAAAGUAAAUGUUCGUAAAGAAGAAGCAGAAAAGAUUAAAUCAGCUCUGGAGGCAGCUGGAGGCACAGUUGUUGUGGAUUAAAGAAUCUGCCUGCCUGCCAAAGGACUUAAAAGCAGAGCUGGGGACGGACCCUCUGUGUCAGUCAUCCCUGUGGACUGGUGGUGGAGUACUAUGCGGUUCCAGGAAAAUUGCUCUGCCCCAUUUUUUUCUGCUGUGCAGUUUCCCACGGUGAUGGCUCAGUGUGUAAGAAAUCUUCAGCACACCUUGCUGUCUGCUAUGCAGUUAAAAACCUGUAUUCAUAAUGAAUAUACAUGAUGGAUAACACCUGUAAAAUAUGUGUGAUGAUCCUUUCUUGCAUGUUAUUGUUUUUUCCAUCCAGCAGGUUUCUCAAGAUUGUGUGGGUUUUGGACCAUUGUCUCUUACUUGCAGAUUUAAUCAUUUGUGGGAGCAGAUGGGUGGGAUCUUUAUAGAUUUUGGGUCAUAAUCUAAGAUUAUCUUUCCAAUAGGAGGUGUAAGCAAAACUGAUUCUCUUUUAAUAAAAAAGGAAAGCAGCUUGGAAA